AUGGACGCGCCCCAUCAAUCUGAUCUUGGAAAGGAGGUCAAGAGUGACGUAACCCUGUCAUUGCCAAAUCCACAAGCGAACAAGACUCUCGUCGUCUUCUACAAACCGAUCGUUGUCUCUGUCGACUUGACGACGUGUCAAACUCUGGAAGAUGUCGACAAAGCAGUUAGAAGCCAACCAGAGUUUGAGUCUUACGAUGCUAAAGUCUUUAGUGACAUACACUACACUCGUCUUGCGGACGGAACUCCGUUCACUUGCGAAGAGCUAGGACUCACCGGCAAGGACUGUUCUAAAACACGGUUCCCAGCACUCACCAUUACACCACGUCCACCCGAAAGAUUUGACGUCCAUAUCUGGCACAAUUGCUACGGAGAUCUCUCCUGCAAGUUCUUUAGGUGUACGGUCAACGUAUCGUGCGAGGACACUGUCGCCAAACUGAAGGAAUUGGUAGAGGAACGCACUGGAUUCAAUGCUCCUUUUCACAAACUGCACUUUCCAGGCUGGAACCUGUUACCAGAGGACCACCUCCUUGCGAAAGGAAUUAGGGAAGGCUUCACUGUCACGCUCACCGCCGAUGUUGCGCUUCACUUCAUGGUGAAUACAUGGUGGAUCCGGGUUCUCACGUCCCAAAAUACUCCGCUGUACCAUGUACUGCAAUCCUUCGCCAAGAACGAUGGGCGAGACCUUGGAAAUCUACUCUUCCAGAUCCGUCGCCAUCCCUCAUUCGGGAGUGAAAAAAAGGGAUCUUGGUUGCCAGAUCGGAAUCGGCUCUUUGGCGCAGAGGAAGCUAAAGGUACAAUAGCGGAAAACGGCUUUCAGGAGGAAGAUCAGAUCCAUGUCUUUGAGCUGAACAAGCCGCCAGCCACCAAACGAGGUCUUGAGGACAGCCAAGAGACGAUCCAGUCUCCCAGGAAGAGGACGCGUGCUGCUGCAUCUACGACAGGACUUUCCGAAGGCGCCAAAUAG